CUUGUUGAAUAUCCAACAAGUAUUAUUAGAGAGUUGCACGUAUACGGAAGCGUGGUGCCAAUGCAUAAUAGGGAUCCAACAAAGUUUCAACAUCAAGGAUAUGGUACACUGCUAAUGGAAGAGGCUGAGAGGAUUGCAUUGGAGGAACAUGGAAGCGAGAAGAUUGCGGUUAUCAGCGGUGUUGGGGUAAGAGGGUAUUAUGAAAAAUUAGGUUAUAAAUUGGAUGGUCCUUAUAUGUCCAAAAUGUUGGUGAAAAAGGUUUGA